CACACAUGCAUGAGUGGAAAAGAGAAAGUGGGUUAUAUGCAGACGUGCAUCUAUAAGAGAAAUCUGGCGGUGGUUCGUGUGUGUGCGUAUGUCCACACCUUUAGUAUCUUCACCCUGCAUUCUCUGAUUUAUGGUGCCAUGUACCAACACCUUCCUCCUCUGGUACCAACUCUUCAGCUGGCACUGGAUGAUUUAUACAGAUUUUCUUACUCCAAUAGGAUUUAUCUUUUUCUUGUAUACUUUUGUUGUUGUUGUUGUUACUGACACAUUUAAGUCCACGAUUCUUUCUAUCAUUUACCAGUGUUCAGUCACUUCACCGUUGAUAGGCGAAGGGAAACUGUAGGAACAGUAAACGAUGAUCAGAGCUUGACUCUUUGUACCACUUUCCAUUUAUAUCAACAUUUUACCGAAGCCUACAAAAUGGACUCCGUCUCUCAGACCCUGCAAGAUCAGAUCUCAGAGCUGCUGAAGCCUCACAGAGUCUGUGUGGUGACACCUGUUGUUAUAAACCACUCCAGUCAGCCAUGUGGGAGGUCGGCCAACAGGUUUGUGGUACUGAGCCUGUGGAGAGGUUACCUGGUUAUAAACAAGCAACCUGUCAGGGUGGAGAGCACAUUCAGCUACCUGGAGAUUUGCUCCAUCAACAUUCACAGCCUCACACAGAUUGUGCUGGAGACAGACAGGCAGACUUUGUCUUUCAGUGUAUCAUGUGUUGAGGAUCUUGAAGCUAUGGUCAGUCACAUUACUGCCUCAUUGAAGAGGAUCUUCCCUGAUUCAUCUCCAGGAAAGCUGUUGAAGACGAUUCCUCCUGAUCUCCAGCAGAGACUCCUCACAUUGACUGGUGUGAUAGAAGAACAGUUCAAUAGUCAGCCUGGUUCCUGUGGAGGAUUCUCUGAUACCUAUGCUGCUCUUUGUGAUUUCAAUGAGAUGCCAUUUAGAGAGGAAAUUCAGUGGGAUGUUGAUAACAUCUACUACACCCACAACUCCAAACAGUUCAACCUGCAGGACUUCAGCCACUUAGAAAGCAGAGACUUGGCAUUGGCAGUUGCAGCUCUGUCUUUCAACCAGUGGUUUACCAGGAUCUGCUGCAAAGAACUCAAGCUGUCAGUAGAUGUCCAGCAGCAGUUGACUUUCUUGCUGUCCAGAUCUCCCAGUCUCGAGGAGCUCUCGCUGGAGGCCAGUGGACUCAAACUGGACUUUGCAAUCAAAAUGGCUGCUGCCCUGCGGGAGCACACUUCCUCUGCCCUGUGUUCCAUCAACCUCACAGGCAAUCCAAUCGAAGACAAAGGUGUAAUAGCUCUCAGUCAAGAGCUGGGGAAUCUAGCUGAGAGACUCAAGCACCUUUCUCUGUCCCGGGUCUCAAUGACUGCUAGAGGUCUUGGCUGUCUGAGUCAGCUGUUAUCCUCCAAUCAGCUCUUCUCAGCUUCUCUGACACACCUCGAUCUGUCUGGUAAUCCCAGCAGCCUGGUUACUGAAGAGGCCACGUUUCUCUUCAAGUUCUUGUCCAGCACUAACUCUCUGUGUCAUCUGGACCUCAGUGAUACCAACUGCCCUCUGGACACGUUAUUUGUGUCCCUGUCUGCUGGAUGUUGUUACAAACUGACUCACUUGAACCUGGCCAGGAACCCCUUCAGCCACAGAAAGGUGCGGGAUGUGACGAAGACCAUUCUGGAGUUCUUCAGCCAGAGCUGUGAGCUAAAAUAUGUCAGCCUAUCUGGAACCAAACUACCUCCACAAGCCCUCAGGUACUUACUACAGGGUCUUGCAACCAACAAUCAUCUCUUUGGGCUGGAGCUGGACCUCAGUAGCUGUGAGCUACGUUCAGCGGGAGCCCAGGUAAUACAGGAGCACAUCUCUGAAGCUAGAGCGAUCAAAACUCUGGAUAUCUCUGACAAUGGCUUUGAGAAUGACAUGGUGACUCUGGUUCUGUCUGUCGGUCGAUGUCACUGUCUUCAACGCCUCGCGCUGGGGAGAAACUUUGCCAUGAAGUCCAGAGCUCUCACUGAUGUUCUCCAUCGUAUAGCUCAGCUCAUUCAGGAUGAAGAGUGUCCCUUGCAGUCUCUAUCAGUGUGUGACUCCAAGCUAAAGACAGGGAUGCACAUUCUGCUGAGCGCUCUGGGUGGCAAUGCUUCUUUGGCUGAACUGGACAUCAGUGGAAACAACAUCGGAGACACUGGAGCCAAAAUGCUGGCUAAAGCCCUGAUGAAUAACACCAGACUGAGGACUCUAACAUGGGACAGAAACAAUGUAACUGCGAGGGGUUUCCAAGAUGUGGCUGAUGCCUUAGAAAGGAACUUUACUUUGCAGCAGGUGUCUCUCCCUCUGGCUGACAUCACACAGAGUUACCGCAACAACCCCGACAGAACAAAGGAGGCCCUGCACAAGAUUCAGCAAUGUUUAGACAGAAACAACCAGAGACAGUCUGACACAGUGGAACUUCAACAAGUGUUAAGAACCCAACAAUCUGAAAAGCUGGUCCAAGGUAUGUGUCGACAGCUGGAAGACAGCCUUCAACGUUUAAACCACUUCAGCAGUCAGGAAGUCCAGGCUGACAUCCUGACAACACAUGAGGUGCUGCACAACGCCAGGGAGUCCAUCAAGCUGCUCCCCUCUUUGUAUGAGGCAGGCAGGAAAAGUGCCUCUGAUGGAGACUUGGUGAACAGCAUCCUCACUAACGCUGCUAUGGCACUGACCAAUGAGUUCACUCAAAGCAUACAGGAGAUGGCUCAAGGCCUGAUGAGGUGUGCAGAGGCAGUGUGUCCACGGGUGGUGCAGCGGUCAAGUGUGUGCGAGUGUCUGUCAGAGUCUGUGUCCAAAAGAUGCAGACAAACACACACAUUCCUGAGAAGCACUCUGGUGGAGAGCACAGGGCAGAUCAUCAUCAACAGACUGCGUGAACUAAGACAAACAAUGAGUGUCUCUUUGGCUGAAAGCAUCAUCGAACAAGUACAACAAGAUCUGACAAUGGCACAGAACAAAAUGAAUUGCCUUAUGAAAGAAAAUUCUUGCAAUCCUCUUAAAGCCAGCAUCCCAGAGCUCCGUCUAGUUGACACUGACUUCCCAACUGAUGAUUACAGUCCGGCAUUUUGGAGAAACAGUUUCCACUCCAAGAGCCUGAGGCCUGCCCCUUCAAUUAAGAGUCUUCUGGAUGCAGACUGGGAGCAGCAAACCAGGGACAGAGGAGCAGAGAGAGAGAGGGGAGGAGGUGCCGGAGAGGAAGGAGGAGGAGAAGGAAGAUGUGGCCUCCCUUGGUUGCCGACAGCAACCCCCUUGUCAGUCAUGGCCUCAAGCCCCUCCCCUUCCCCUUCCACUUCCCCGUCCCCCUCCCCCCCGGGACGGAGGGGGAGGGGGCGGAGGGAGGGGGUGGUGGCAGUGGUGGAUGCUGCAGCAGCAAUAUCAGGAGCAAGAAGAGCAUCGUUCAUUCCUCCUCCCAGUCUCCCCCUCCUUUACUCCAUCUCCACUCGAGUGCCAGAGGAGGAGGCUGCCGGCCGUGGAGGCUUACCCAGACGAGAGGCUCCCUUCCCCGGCUGUGGCCCCAGCCCAGGCCCCCUCCCCAGCUCUGGAUCCCCCGCUUCUCCCAUGGAGCCUCUACCCACCCAGGGACAGACUCUAAGGCACUACACUGCCUCCCGGCCGCGGCCGCGACGCACACAUACACAGCCCCCCUCCCCCAGGCCUCAGGAGCCAGUGUCAAAAGUAGAGAAUGAGGCCAGUGAGGCGAUGGGAAGAGUGGAUGAAGGAGUAGAGGAGUUCUUCACCAAGAAAAUCCUCCCUGACUAUGCACUAAAAGGCCAGUGGGAGGAGUCAAACCCUGCCCAAGCCACUCCCUCAGAGUCAAGCUCCACCCCCUCUGCCUCAACCCCCUUUUCCUCUUCGUCUGAGAAUAUCACCUCUUCUACCACCACCACUGUCACCUCUCCCUCUGUCCCAUUUACUGACACAUCUUUUACAUCCACUGAUGUUCCACCCCUCUCUACAUCCUCCACUCCCCCCGCCCCCUCUUCUGUCACCACCACCACACUUCCCACCAAAAACAUCAAGAAAAAGUUUGGCGACUUCUUUGCCUUCAAGAGGGCUCGAGCCGGCCGAGCACCCAAGGCAGGAGGGGGAGAGGGAGGAGGAGGAGAGGGGGUGAAGGUCAAAAGGACCUCCAUUGCAGACCUUAUUCGACCCCUCCGUGAGGCCAAAGAAAGGGAGAGAGAGAGGGAGAGGGACAAGGAGAGAGAGAAGGAGAGAGGGGCAAGGUCAGUGGAGGAUGCUAACAUUUCUAAUGAUGCCGCCACCACAGAAGGAACCGUUGCCACCGGCCACCGUCUUGCAGGCGAUGCGAGGGAAGUGAUGGCGCCUGCCAAUACGUUAACCAUGACAACGCCUCCCAGUGAGACUGCUCCCUCUUACCCCACCAUCGCCACAAGCCCUGACCUCAUGUCUGCUACGCUUUCCAACCUGGAAGAAAAGGUGGUUCGCACCCCCAGUCCAGUGGUCACUUCCCCCCUAACUGAGCAGGAGAUGAGCGGUGUGCUGAUGAAGGAGAUGAAGUUGGGGGGGACUCCUUAUGGAGAGAGGAGACUGAAGGUGACCAAAAGGUCACUGAGAGAAGGCAAGAGCCAGAGUCUCAUACUGCUGACCGGAUUGGAGCCUGAAGACAAGGAUAACUCACAGAGCAAGAAACAUGCAUCUGAGAGCACACCUAGCUUUGAACAGAGGCUCCAGGUGAUGCUGCACAGAAUGGGCGUGGCCAAAACUCCUCCUGCUGACACCAAGACAAGUCAGAAUAAAGAUGAGGAGCUGAGAAAGGCCAACUCUGAAGGUGCUAUCCUGGACAAACCUGAACCUCCGCCCACAUACAUGAAGCCCAGAACCAUGUCCACUUCAUCAGCAGACCCGAGGCAUCCUAUUAGAGCACUGGACCCCACUCGACCAGACCCUCCCCUUCACCCGAAACCCGCCCUCCCUGAGCGCCCCAUUGGCCCCCUGCCACCCAAACCUGCCGUUGCAGCCAAACCUCCCCUGCCCACCCCAACUGCUCCUGCGGGGGGAGGAGUUCAUGCGUCCUCUGCUCCUCCAUCCAGCAGCUCAGCAGAAAGAGUCCAGCUCAGAGCACACACACAUGAUGGCAGGCCAGGGGAGAGUACAGCACAGAAUGGAAGCCAGGAGGGUCCCCAGGGUGCAGCCUCAGCUCUGUCCCCCAGGAAAGAGUUGCUUCCUCCAGCUCCUUCUCCAUGGAGGGGUCCCAGUGCACAGGAUCGCUCUGAGAAAGCACAAUCAGUGACAGACGAGAGUCUUCCUAAGACACGCCAACACAUGAAGCCCCUUCCACAACGCAGAGCUGUGUCCGUCCAUGAGGACGCUCUGGCCAUGACACAAGAGCUGAAGGCAGUGUUACAGCGGUCGCCCAUCCGUUUCCGUGAAAACAGGGGGGACCUGCCCACCUGCACCGAGGAUCCAUCCAGUGGGGAGGAAGCACAAAGAGCUCUGGACGCCAGAGACACAGGUAAAGAGACACCUGAAGAGAAGAAGGACGCUGUCCAGAAGGAAGAGCUGAAGGCAGGGAAAGGAAGGAUGGGCUGUGGAGGAACUGCAACUGGAGCCAAGUACCCCUCUCCAGGAGAGCAAGAGGCCCCAGGUUUAGGUUGUCCUUCCUCCACAACUCAGGCCCAACAAGCAGCAUCAGUGUCCCGACUCUUCAGUCCAGCUGCAGCCCUUGACAAAGCUUCAUCCACCCUGGAGAGGCCUCCAGCACUAUCCCAAACCCUGGAAAAGCCUCCUGUAACCCCCACAUCCCAGAAAAGGAGCCCCAGCACAACUCUAGAAAAACUGCUCGUGUCCCCAUCACCCCAAGACAAGACUCCCUGCACAAUCCCAGCUGCAUCUGAGUCCCCAGAAAACCCCCAAGUGAGUCCCCUGUCCCACAAGAAGAAGAGUCCCGGCACAGUGCCAGCCACAAUGGAUCCAAGAAACAGCACACAAGAGAGAGGAGAGGUGAUCUCUAAACAGCACACAGUGAAGGCAGAGCCAGCAGACCAAAGAACUGAGCCCCCUCUGUCUGAAUAACACACACAGACUGGCUUACCUGAGGAGAAAAAGACACACGUGGGAGAUAGAGGAGGGAGGGGUCUGUGACAUCACUGAGAUCAGGAACUGGGAGGGUACUGAGGGGUACCUGAGUUGUACCCUCCUGUAGAAAACAGCUGCUGUGUCCCAUGUCAGGGGUGUUCUCUUUGAAAGACGGAAAAAUGAAUAUUAUUUAGUACACACGGUUGGUGCUAUUUUUUAUUGCCAGCUUACAGCUAACAACUCUGCAGGUGACAGACUGCAUAAACCAUCCAGUGGUUUGGUAACGAGCCCAGAACAACAAAACUUUUGAAAGUUCCAAGACAACUUAACAAUCUUCAAUUGCUGACAACUUGUUUUUCUACUCCAUGAGUUGAUAAGGAGGAGCCAAUCAUGGCAUCUGGUUUUGUUUGUGUGAGGCUUCCAGAUUCAUCCAAUUUUGACAGCUGGGUUGUUUUUGCAGUCUGUGCUUAUUUACCCCAAACAGCAAAUAUACAGAGGUUGGCUGUAGCUAGUUAGCGACAUACACACCAACCGUGCAUAUUCAGAGUUCGUCUGUUUGUGUCAACAACUCAUCCUCUGACUGAUGUCAGUAACGGACUAAUUUGUGUUAUUUUGCUCCACUCACUAUUUUCUCAUCUGCAUACACUGACAAAAUGAAGUCAUAAAGCUGCAGGAUAAACAGGGAUUUUUCACUCAAGUUGAUUUGUUUAACUUGUUUAACUCUCAGCCUCAAUUCACACCACCCAGGGCAAAUCUACAUCCACUCGCAUCUUUGCAUUGAGUAAUAUGCAACUGUGCCAGCUCUAACACUCACUCUGCAUUCAGUCCUCACACAUCUCUCUCUAAGACUCAGUGUGAGUGGAGUCCUUCCAAGGCAGACAAGGAGUCUGAAAUGGGACACAGCUAGCAUCAGCUAGAAGAGUGAAAUGGUAAGAGCUGGGUGGAUGUGAAAACUUUAUUGUAUGCCUCUCCACAAAAGGAUGGCACAUUUAAGAACACAUAUAUGUGUGUAGUUCAUCAUGUUAGCUUUCAUCACAUCAUGUCAAAUACACAUUUAUAUCACCUGCUUACUUCCAUAGAUGUGAUCAUUAUAAUUCCAUAGCUCCAUGAUGUAAUUUAUGUCUUUUCACUUUGCCUUAUUUUUUUAAAUUUUUUUUCAAUUCCAGAAGAUAACCAUGUUUCAGGAAAAAGUUUUCUUCAACUACUGUUUCACUGUAACUUACAUUCAAAUGAUUAAUCUACAGUAAGACACAGUAUGGUCAUUUGUUCCCAUUUAUUUUUAAUUGGUAAAUGUUUUAAUUGUAAUAAGUCAAAAUUUUGAUUGCAUGAUGUUUUACUUUUAAUUCCCUUUCUGCUUAUUUUUUGUCAUUAGCCUGAAUUCAGAUUGAGCUGCCAUUUGCUAUUCAGUCUCACACUGGCUGUUAUUAGCUGUUUGGAAGGGAGGAUUUUUUUUUUUUUUUUUUUUUUUUUUCUUUGUUUGCUCCAAACCAAUCACUGUGACAUCAUCCACUCACUGUCAUUUUCAGUCAAAACAGAAGCUGAGUUAUAUAAUAUCAAUCAAAGUCAUCUGUUUUGCAACAUGUCAAGUGUGUUCAUUCAACUAUUUACUGUUACUAUUGAGGUCCUGCAGUUUACAUCGCAGUCUCUAACAGCUACCACACUGGCAGGCAGAAAAUAAGCUGUCCUGCUAGCAUAAAUAUGCAUUACUGACUGCUGAGGUAGCUAGUUUCCCAUGAGAUAAAACCAGUACCAAAGUGCAGUACCAAACCCAUAGUUAAUCUUCGAAUUCCUUUCAAUAAACAUCAGUGAGAUUUAUGGAAAUCUACAGAGAAAAGUGCUGUGCUCAGGGAGAUAACAGAAAGUUACUAUGGUCCAUCACUGGUUUAAAGCUGAAAGCUCACAGCGUUCACAAGGCUUUGUCAUGAUCAUUGUUUAUAUAGUGAGUUGUAUUUAAUGGUUAUCAUACUCGCAACAGUCUUCACUGAUCCAUAUAUGAUUAUAAUUAUGCCAUAAAUGAUAUUGUACUGGCGUUUUUGUAACUUACGCUAUGCAAUCAUAUACAAGGAGCGGACCCAUCAGCAGCGCUCAUUUUUUUCAUAAUGUAGUUGUUAUUUCUUUUUUUCAUUACUUUGGCAGUGUCUUCACCAGGUCACUAUAUCCAGCUGUCACCAGCAUGGAUGCAUUUUACUGCUGUUUGGCAUACAUACAAGGCAGUAAUUCCCACUUGGUCCACUGAUUCACUCUUUCAGUAUGGUGAACAGUGCUCGAUGAUAACAUCGCUGCAGGACCUUAGUAGUUCACAGUGAGUAUUCAGUAUACAGUGAGCAAUGUCACUGUCAACUCCAGCCUCUGUUUGUUUGACUUUAACCUCUGUUAAAACCAUCAAGGAGGAAAACACCAUUAUGCUUUGAAUUCCAUUUCCUCACGUACUAGAUGGACCAGCCGAUAAACUCAAAACCAACAGGUGAAAGAGUGAUAAUACCUUGCUUUUCAAGAAACAACCUCAGUGCAGGGUAUUCAUUUUAGGGCUGUUAUUUCAGUCAAUCCAUUUACAGUAGAUUCAGUAGCUACGUCGCUCAUCAUCCUCAUUUGUCACUAUAUGUGUCCCGAUUCUGUCUCUUUGAGUGCUUGAUUAUGCCAACUGAAGUUCUGCUCACAAAGGCUUUGACUGGAAACAUCCACUCAGAAGCACAGCAGCAGACCUUUGAAUCACUCAGUGAAGUGGGUGGCAACUUGGAGGUCUGAAGCCAGGCUUAAAUUAAUCUACAUAAAAUAUAAGCUUUUGUGUGGCUCCCAACAUCUUGUAAAAACAUGUACAAUUCAAAAAUUAACUAAAUUUUCUGGUUAUUUUGAUUUUUAUUAUACUGACCAUGAUUUCAAAUCCAUUUCCUUUACACUAUUUAUUACAAGUCCCAUCAUGCCAUCCAUGUGGAAAAAUGUUCAAAAUUUUAUUCUUAGAGUAUUGAUUUUGCCUUGUCAAUAUGUUUUCACAUUAAGCCUUUUAGAACCUUCAGAUUUACACAUGGGACACUAAAACUCUGCAUGUUUCUGCAUAUUUCUGUGAAAUCCCACCAGAAUGUGACAUUCAGUUAAUGUCACAUAUCGAAUUCAGGUUCACUCAUUCCAUUAGACAACCAUAUACACUGAUCUGCCACAUUGAUUAAACCACAUAAAAACCAGUUACCUGUUUAGUAUAUAUCUAUAUAUACUGUGUGUGUGUGUACACACACACACACACUCAUAUAUAUAUAUAUAUAUAUAUAUAUAUGUGUGUGUGUGUGUGUGUGUGUGUGUGUAGAUAUAAACUGAAUGUAUACCAGUAAUUGGUUUUAAUGUUGUAUCUGAUCGGUGUAACCAUCAUGUCCAUCAUAUCGCAGGAGGACCAGAUAAGAUCCUAAUAAAGGACCAAUAUACAGUAUGAUCAGAUAUUGUGUGAGAUAACAACAUGAGUGUAUCCAGUCUAUCAAACUCUCAGGGUGGUAGUAAAGAGUGGUGUGUGUUUUGUGAGAGCAGACCUCAGUUCAGCUCCCUCUGCUGUCAGCGACCUGAGCCUCCGUCUCAUCCUGGGGUAGAGUUUAUUUUCUACCGUCAUGUUUAUUUGCCUUGCACGCACAGAAUAUGUACAAAAAUACAUAAAGCAAACAAAAACAAAGUUAUGAACAGAGUGUAAAUCCAUACCUAUACUUGUUAAUAAUUAUUAAAGAGUUGAUUGAGUUGUGUCAUAAA